CAAACUACAAAUCUGAACCUUCCUCCUGAAGAUCUUGAUUCAUCUGGUGAUGACGACGAUGGAUUCUCAGGUUCAGGUGCAGGUCCCCUGACUGACCAGUCUCGCACUUGGAGAAUCCCAGGAGAACCAACUAACUCCUCAUUACUGGCAACACCAAUGGAUUUCAACGAACAGCCGUUUCCUGGGAUUGAGAGCCGAACUGAAAAGGAAGUGGCAUCUCCUUCUGCAACUAGUAAUGUAGUGACAGAGGAGCCUGUUGUACCUGCGAAGGAUGAAGUAUCUAUCUUGGGCUUACCUGAUAAGAAACCAAUAAAUGAUGUGGUUACAACAACAGUGAGAAGCCCCACUACUCACUUUCCUUCAGUGGUUCAUGUAACUCCUUCAGAAGCCUCAGGCACGGUCCACGAGCUCGAACCUAAAAUUCCUAGCUCUGAUGUUCCAGACACUAAGGACGUGCCUGAGCCCCACUCUACCGUCCAUCAUGAGGAAGACAUCACUACCACCCCCACGACGACAGCUCCAAAGGAUGUUGUUCCUACACAUGAGGAGGUUUCUGAAGAUGGCUCUGGAGACCCGGGAGACUUCAUCUUGACUAAAGAUGAGGAUUUGGUCCCUACCCAGAACUCAGAAGUGCCGGCUGACUCUGGGAGAAAUGCCAAAGCAGCAGGAGCCUCGGGAAUUAUGGACAGAAAAGAAGUUCUUGGAGGUGUUAUUGCUGGAGGACUAGUAGGCUUGGUGUUUGCAGUGUUUCUAGUUGCAUUUAUGCUGUACAGAAUGAAGAAAAAGGAUGAAGGCAGCUAUUCACUGGAUGAACCAAAACAGUCUAAUGGCGGAUACCAAAAACCACACAAACAAGAAGAAUUCUAUGCAUAAACACUGAUCUUCAGGACACUUCUUAUUCCAUCUUUCUUGGACUCUUCUCUCCCUGCACGUGGACCUCCUAGUGUGCUUUGCAUUAAACUUAAGCCAUAUGAUCAUUGGGUUAUUUGCCCUUACCACUUUGCCAUUGGAAAUUUUAUAACUGCAAAGUAGAUCUGGAUUCAUUGAACUUUCCCUGUUUUCUUGCACAACUUUUUUUUUUUUUUUUUUUUUUUAAACAGCAGUGGGACUGGAAGUUCCCAAACUCACUUUGGUUUAAUCUAAAGACUGCUGGGGCAGGCGGUGGGGAGAAGAUAAGGGAGCACUGUAUGUAUAAACCUCUUGAUAUUUAGGGAAAGGGCUAGCAAGAAUAAACAAUCAGUGCUUGAAUUCUGUAUAGCAGGGAUCCUUCCUAUUUAACUCAUAGAUGUGUUUUAAGUGUAACAAAUGGCUGCGCUGGGCACACAUUUGGUACACUGCAAUCCUCUAGCUCUUUCUCACUGCCAUAUUUGGAGCACUUAAUGCAUAUAUGAAACAUCAAGCUGACCAUGAUUUCUA